CUCACCGUGGGUGGCGAAAGGCGGGACGGAAAAGCGCCGUCUGGACAGGCGCGCCCACUCAGGGAUGCAGGGCCGAGCGGGGGACCCAGCGGGGACCCAGCCCGGAGGACGGACCUUCCCGCCCCGGCCUGGGCCCCGGGGCCCCCGGGCCCCCGGGCCCCCGGCCCUAGGCAGCGCCCGAGGCCGGAACAAUAGCGCUCGCGGGCGGGGCGGGGGCGGGGGCGGGGCGCUCCUCCGGGCACCGCCCCCGGCCCGCCCCCCGCGCUCACAGUCCCGCUCGCACACUGGCUCCCACCCGCCGCCCGCCCAGGCACUGCCCGCGGGAGCCGCCGCCGCCGCCGCCGCGCCCGCCAUGGACGUCCGCCUGUACCCCUCGGCGCCCGCGGUGGGCGCGCGGACCGGGGCCGAGCCGACCGGCCUGGCGCACCUGGACUAUUACCACUGCGGCAAGUUUGAUGGUGACAGUGCCUACGUGGGGAUGAGUGACGGAAACCCAGAGCUCCUGUCAACCAGCCAGACCUUCAACAGUCAGAGCGAGAACAACGAAGACUAUGAGAUCCCCCCGAUAACGCCUCCCAAUCUCCCUGAGCCAUCCCUCCUGCACCUGGGGGACCACGAAGCCAGCUACCACUCGCUGUGCCACGGCCUCACCCCCAACGGUCUGCUCCCUGCCUACUCCUAUCAGGCCAUGGACCUCCCAGCCAUCAUGGUGUCCAACAUGCUGGCACAGGACAGCCACCUGCUGUCGGGCCAGCUGCCCACGAUCCAGGAGAUGGUCCACUCGGAGGUGGCCGCCUAUGACUCAGGCCGGCCCGGGCCUCUGCUGGGUCGCCCGGCAAUGCUGGCCAGCCACAUGAGUGCCCUCAGCCAGUCCCAGCUCAUCUCGCAGAUGGGCAUCCGGAGCAGCAUCGCCCACAGCUCCCCAUCACCCCCGGGGAGCAAGUCAGCGACCCCCUCUCCCUCCAGCUCCACGCAGGAAGAGGAGUCGGAAGCGCAUUUCAAGAUAUCGGGAGAAAAGAGACCUUCAGCUGACCCUGGAAAAAAGGCCAAGAACCCAAAGAAGAAGAAAAAGAAGGACCCCAAUGAGCCGCAGAAGCCUGUGUCGGCCUACGCACUCUUCUUCAGAGACACUCAGGCCGCCAUCAAGGGUCAGAACCCUAGUGCCACUUUCGGUGACGUGUCCAAAAUCGUGGCCUCCAUGUGGGACAGCCUGGGAGAGGAACAGAAGCAGGCCUAUAAGAGGAAGACAGAAGCAGCCAAGAAGGAAUAUCUGAAGGCUCUGGCAGCCUACCGGGCUAGCCUCGUCUCCAAGAGCUCCCCGGAUCAAGGUGAGACCAAGAGCACUCAGGCAAACCCACCAGCCAAAAUGCUCCCACCCAAGCCGCCCAUGUAUGCCAUGCCAGGCCUGGCCUCCUUCCUGACGCCGUCGGACCUGCAGGCCUUCCGCAGCGGGGCCUCCCCGGCCAGCCUCGCCCGGACGCUGGGCUCCAAGUCUCUGCUGCCAGGCCUCAGUGCAUCCCCGCCGCCGCCGCCCUCCUUCCCGCUCAGCCCCACACUGCACCAGCAGCUGUCACUGCCCCCUCACGCCCAGGGCGCCCUCCUCAGUCCACCUGUUAGCAUGUCCCCAGCCCCCCAGCCCCCUGUCCUGCCCACCCCCAUGGCACUCCAGGUGCAGCUGGCGAUGAGCCCCUCACCUCCAGGGCCACAGGACUUCCCCCACAUCUCUGAGUUCCCCAGCAGCUCGGGGUCCUGCUCACCUGGCCCAUCCAACCCCACCAGCAGCGGGGACUGGGACAGCAGCUACCCCAGCGGGGAGUGUGGCAUCAGCACCUGCAGCCUGCUCCCUAGGGACAAAUCGCUCUACCUCACCUAAUCCCGCCUCCCCACCAUCCCUGAGGCUCGCUGGAAGGCACUGCUCAGAGCCUGAAGGGCUGACAGCAGAAAAGAGGCCCUGGCCAGAGGCAGGGUGGCCCAUCGGAGGGAGCAGUGACACACCCAUUGCCGGGGGCUGAGUCUCUUCCUCGACCUCCCACCAGACUCUGCAGAGGCAGCCCACUGCCCGCCGCCAGCCCAAAGAACCUGCAGGAACCUUCUGCCCGCUGACCUGCUUGCUCCAGGGUAACUGUGGACCCUGUCUUCGCCCUGCACACGGUACCCUAUGUCUGGAUGCCUGGCCUCGGCCCCAGCCCCAGCUCACGUGGGCUGCCCCUGGCGGGGUCGCUUACCAACGGACACCCACCCCAGAUGCAUGGGCCAGGGGGCCGGCCCCCAUCAUAGACGUGCACAUCGGUUUUCCAGUGUGAACAAAAGAUUACGAAACCUAGAAACUGUUGGUUCCGUGUAAGUAGUUGACUACGUGUUUUAGAACUGUGCUGAAGACAUCUGUAAGAUUAUUUUGUGGGGAAAAAAAGUAGUUUCCUUUAAGGUAAAAAUCAUUUUAUAUGAUCCUUAGCACAUUUUUAAGUUUUAUCUUAAGGGAGAUGUGCACAAAAGCGGCUGCCAAACCGUUUCGUCAUCCUCACAGCAAGGACCGGACGAUUGCUAGCCACCCCGGAGCACCGCUCUCCUUUUAACCAUGUGUUCAUCUAUUUUAAAUUGCCAGCGACGACUUUUGUCUAUUUAUGAAGAAACCUUGAGAACAAAGUUGCAGCUUAUCCUACCGUGUGCGUGGUUUUGGGGUUUGGUUUGGGUUUGGGUUCUUGACGUCGUUUGCAGCUGUUUCCUGGCCCUGGCGAGUGUCUGUCUUGGUGCCCAGUGCUUCUCUCAAAUCUCUUUAUAAUAAAACUUCUGAAAAGCUGAAAA